UCAAUAGAAAUUUUCAGUUCGUGAAAUGCCUGGCUGCUCUGCUUGUUUUGCGUUAGUUUACAAUUAAUAACAGCAAUUGAACGCAAUUCAAAUUCAUACACGGGUUAAAUAAAGUGCUGCAUCGCCAGCACACACACACACAUCGACACAUUCCGCGGCCAACACCCAACAGAAAACCCGAAAACCCCGAAAAGGCAGCAGCAGCCGCAGCCGCAGCCGAAACGAAACGACACAAAUUCCAGCAAACUCUCUGCAAAAACAUUUUGGCUGCAGCGUUUCAAAAAGUCUUCUGCUGCCGAGAGAGCCACAGCGAGCGAGAGAUCGUGAGAGCAGGAGAAAAGAACAUUAUUUUGUUUUCGCUAGCAAAUCAAAAUUUGCCAUUCAUCAGUCUCAGCAACGGACUGCAGCAAGUGGCAACGUCGCACAGUUCUCGAGCUACCCGUUAGUUGUUGUUGUUCUUGCGGUUGUUGUUGCUGCCAUUUUGCUGCUGUUGUUGUUGUCGUUGUCGUUGUCGUUGGAGCCUGAGCGAUAAGAGCGCCGCAUCGACUCGAGCGCUCGAGCACAGAUCUUUCUUCGCCCCGAGUUUGCAUAAAACCAGCGAAAAUUAACAAGCUAACUACAAUGGCGCCGGUGAGGGGGGAUGGCAUGAGAGGCCUGGCCGUGUUUAUAUCGGAUAUAAGAAAUUGUAAAAGCAAAGAAGCGGAAGUGAAACGCAUAAACAAAGAGUUGGCCAACAUACGUAGCAAAUUUAAAGGCGAUAAAACGCUCGAUGGCUAUCAGAAGAAGAAAUAUGUGUGCAAGCUGCUGUUCAUAUUCCUGCUGGGCCAUGACAUUGACUUUGGCCACAUGGAGGCGGUCAAUCUGCUGUCCUCCAACAAAUACUCAGAGAAGCAGAUCGGCUAUCUGUUCAUUUCGGUGCUGGUGAAUACGAACAGCGAUCUGAUCCGAUUGAUCAUUCAGUCGAUCAAGAAUGAUUUGCAAUCACGGAAUCCGGUGCACGUGAAUCUGGCGCUGCAGUGCAUUGCCAACAUUGGCAGCCGUGACAUGGCCGAGUCCUUCUCAAAUGAGAUACCCAAGCUGCUCGUCUCGGGCGAUACCAUGGAUGUGGUCAAGCAGUCGGCGGCCUUGUGCUUGCUGCGUCUGUUUCGCUCCUCGCCGGAUAUUAUACCCGGCGGCGAGUGGACCUCACGCAUCAUACACUUGCUCAACGAUCAGCAUAUGGGCGUGGUAACGGCAGCUACAUCGCUGAUCGAUGCCCUGGUCAAGCGCAAUCCGGACGAGUAUAAGGGCUGCGUUAAUUUGGCCGUGUCGCGUCUGUCGCGCAUUGUCACCGCCAGCUAUACGGAUCUGCAGGACUACACGUAUUACUUUGUGCCGGCACCGUGGCUAUCGGUGAAACUGUUGCGGUUGUUGCAGAACUAUAAUCCGGUCACCGAGGAGGCCGGCGUGCGGGCACGCCUCAACGAGACGCUGGAGACCAUACUGAAUAAGGCGCAGGAGCCGCCCAAGAGCAAGAAGGUUCAGCAUUCGAAUGCCAAAAAUGCUGUACUCUUCGAGGCCAUCAAUCUGAUUAUACAUAGCGACAGUGAGCCCAAUCUGCUCGUGCGCGCCUGCAAUCAGCUGGGCCAGUUCCUCAGCAAUCGGGAGACCAAUUUGCGCUAUCUGGCGCUUGAGUCCAUGUGCCAUCUGGCGACGUCGGAGUUCUCGCACGAGGAGGUCAAGAAGCAUCAGGAGGUGGUUAUACUAUCUAUGAAAAUGGAGAAGGAUGUUUCGGUGCGCCAAAUGGCUGUCGAUUUGCUUUAUGCCAUGUGCGAUCGCGGCAACGCCGAGGAGAUUGUCCAAGAGAUGCUCAACUAUCUGGAGACGGCUGACUAUUCCAUACGUGAGGAGAUGGUACUCAAGGUGGCCAUUCUGGCUGAGAAAUAUGCCACGGACUACACCUGGUAUGUGGAUGUUAUUCUCAAUCUAAUACGCAUCGCCGGCGAUUAUGUGUCGGAGGAGGUCUGGUAUCGUGUCAUACAGAUUGUCAUCAAUCGCGAGGAGGUGCAGGGCUAUGCCGCCAAGACCGUGUUCGAGGCAUUGCAGGCGCCCGCCUGUCACGAGAACAUGGUCAAGGUGGGCGGCUAUAUAUUGGGCGAGUUUGGCAAUCUGAUUGCGGGCGAUUCUCGGUCGGCGCCGCUGGUGCAGUUCAAGCUGCUGCAUUCCAAGUAUCAUUUGUGCUCGCCCAUGACGCGCGCCUUGUUGCUCUCCACCUAUAUUAAGUUCAUCAAUCUGUUUCCCGAGAUACGCACCAACAUCCAGGAGGUGUUCAGGCAGCACAGCAAUUUGCGUUCCGCCGACGCGGAGCUGCAGCAGCGCGCCAGCGAAUAUCUGCAGCUGAGCAUUGUGGCGUCAACCGAUGUCCUGGCCACAGUGCUGGAGGAGAUGCCCUCAUUCCCGGAGCGUGAGAGCUCCAUACUGGCGGUGCUCAAGAAGAAGAAGCCCGGCCGCGUGCCCGAGAAUGAAAUACGCGAAUCGAAGAGCCCAGCGCCCACAUCCAUCACGCAGAACAAUGCGCACGUCAAUCAUAACAACAAACUGAAUAGCAAUGCCAAUGCCAAUGCCGACUUGCUGGGCCUCAGCACGCCGCCCGCUAACAACAUCAACAACAUGAACAACAGCAACAACUCAACGCUGCUCGAUGUGCUGGGCGACAUCUAUGGAAACAACAAUGCCGCCGUCUACAACACCAAGAAGUUUCUGUUCAAAAAUAACGGUGUGCUCUUCGAGAACGAGAUGCUCCAGAUUGGCGUCAAGUCCGAGUUCAGACAGAAUCUCGGUCGUUUGGGCUUGUUCUAUGGCAACAAGACGCAAGUGCCGCUGACGAACUUUAAUCCCGUGUUGCAAUGGUCUGCCGAGGACACGCUCAAGUUGAAUGUGCAAAUGAAGGCCGUGGAGCCAACGCUUGAGGCUGGCGCACAAAUCCAGCAGCUGCUGACCGCUGAAUGCAUCGAGGAUUAUGCCGACGCACCCACCAUUGAGAUCAGUUUCCGCUACAAUGGCACACAGCAAAAGUUUAGCAUCAAAUUACCGCUCACCGUGAAUAAAUUCUUCGAGCCAACCGAAAUGAAUGCCGAGUCAUUUUUUGCGCGAUGGAAGAAUCUCAGCGGUGAACAGCAGCGGUCGCAGAAGGUGUUCAAGGCCGCACAGCCGUUGGAUUUGCCUGGUGCACGCAAUAAGCUAAUGGGCUUUGGCAUGCAGCUGCUCGAUCAGGUUGAUCCCAAUCCAGACAAUAUGGUAUGUGCGGGCAUCAUACAUACGCAAUCACAGCAGGUGGGCUGCCUGCUGCGACUGGAGCCCAAUAAACAGGCACAGAUGUUCCGAUUAACCAUACGUGCCAGCAAGGAGACAGUGACACGAGAGAUAUGCGAUCUGUUGUCGGAUCAGUUUUAAAUCAGGCAGACAAUCGUCUAAGUGGGGGAUAUGUCUAGGGAGCUACUGCAGCAAACCACAUUUACAGAAUGCACAAUCCUAAUCACCUAGAGAAUGAUAUCAAAUCAAAGUAUAUAAUGACAUGUUUCCUCGAACCUAAAUGCGGGCUAUGUUUAAGCCGUUAAUUGUGCUACGUAUUUGUAUGGCACGCCCACGCCCACGACCACGCCUCUUCACAUGUUUACCUCCUCUACUAGCACACAUACACACACACACACACACAUAGACACACACCUAUUAUACUAUACUGCAGUGAGUUUUGUUUUCCCAUUUUCAGCGCAUGCAAUUUUUCACAUGUUUUAUAUAUUUCUUAACGCGCUAGUUGUUAAAAUGCGUCUGAUUUUCCAUUUUCAAUAUACUUAUUAUUAUUCUUAUUAUUAUUUUUUGUAAUUGCUAACGAGAGAGAAUUCUUUGUAAAUGUUAAGCUCAAAAAGUUCAUUAGUAAAACAUAAUUAGAUUAUGUUGUAUGACAAGCAUUAGCAGUUGGAUAUUACUAUAUAUAUAUUUAUAUAUAUAAAACAGAUUCAUACAAGCAUACAUGCAUAUACCUAGUA